AUGGCUGCCAGUGGAGAGGUAGGGAAGCUGUUACAAGUACAAAAUGGGACACCUCCAAUCACCAACUACAAUGGGGUAGAUGCUGUUCAUGCUUGUAACAUCCUGCAGCAGCUCAAAGCCUUGUAUGAUGAAGCACAGCUCACAGACAUCGUUGUAGAAGUGGACCAUGGCAAGACCUUUUCAUGCCACAGAAAUGUUCUUGCUGCAAUCAGCCCAUAUUUUAGGUCCAUGUUCACCAGUGGCCUUACAGAGAGUAGUCAGCGUGAGGUUAGAAUCGUUGGGGUGGAAUCUGAAUCCAUGCACCUCGUCCUAGAUUAUGCCUACACGUCCAGGGUCUCGCUCUCUGAAUCCAAUGUCCAAGCCCUGUUCACUGCAGCCAGCAUUUUCCAGAUUCCUGCCCUGCAGGACCAGUGUGCCCAGUUCAUGAUCAGCCGGCUUGACCCUCAGAACUGUAUAGGAGUCUUCAUGUUUGCUGAUGCAUAUGGGCACCAGGAACUGAGGGAACGCUCGCAGGAUUAUAUCCGCAAGAAGUUCUUGUGUGUAUCAUGGGAGCAAGAGUUCCUCCAGAUGACCAAGGAGCAGUUGGUCAGCAUUUUGAAUAAUGAUGACCUCAAUGUGGAAAAGGAAGAGCAUGUCUAUGAGAGCAUUGUGCGCUGGCUAGAACAUGAUCUGACUGGCCGUGAAGCCCAUCUAGCUGAGGUUUUUUCCCAGUGCAUCCGAUUGCCCUUGCUGGAUGAGGCCUUUCUCAGUCGGAUACCCGCGCCUUUUGCUUGCGCCCUGUCCCUGUCAAAAGACCCCGCUGAGGCCAAAGCUCGCCUCACUGGUACAAAUGGUUGCCCACAGCGCCUGGGUAUGACUGCUUCCGAAAUGGUCAUCUGCUUUGAUGCUGCUCAUAAACACUCAGGUAAGAAGCAGACGGUGCCUUGCCUGGACACAGCCACAGGAAGGGUGUUCAAACUUUGCAAACCACCUAAUGAUCUCCGGGAGGUUGGUAUCUUGGUAUCCCCAGAAAAUGACAUCUACAUUGCCGGUGGGUACCGGCCGAGCAACAGCGAGGUGUCCAUAGACCAUCGAGCAGAAAGUGACUUCUGGCAAUACGAGCAUGCAGGCAACCGAUGGCUUCCACGUGCACCUCUUCUGAGAGCUCGAAUUGGUUGCAGGCUUGUGCACUGCUGUGGAAAGCUGUACGCACUGGGAGGCCGUGUUUAUGAAGGUGAUGGGCGAAAUGCAUUAAAAUCAGUAGAGUGCUAUGAUGCCAGAGACAACUGUUGGACUGCAGUCAGCCCUAUGCCAGUGGCCAUGGAGUUUCACAGUGCUGUGGAGUACAAAGACCGUAUUUAUGUCCUCCAAGGUGAAUAUUUCUUCUGCUAUGAUCCCCGUAAGGACUAUUGGAGUCAUCUGGCUCCAAUGAGUGUCCCUCGGAGUCAGGGUCUGGCUGCCUUGUAUAAAAACUGCAUCUACUACAUAGCCGGGAUCUGCAGGAACCACCAGCGUACCUUUAUUGUGGAGGUCUACGACAUUGAGAAGAACACAUGGAGCCACAAGAAUGAUCUACCCUUUGACCAAGCCACAAGCCCGUAUAUCAAGGCCAUGCUGCUGCAAGGCAAGCUACAUCUGUUUGUACGAGCCACUCAAGUCAUGGUGGAGGAGCAUGUGUUUCGCACUAGCCGGAAGAACUCCCUUUACCAGUAUGAUGAUGAGGCAGACAUAUGGACCAAAGUCUAUGAGACACCCGAUCGCCUCUGGGAUUUGGGUCGCCAUUUUGAAUGUGUGGUGGCCAAACUAUAUCCACAGUGUCUACAGAAAGUGCUUUGAGGUACCUGAAUUUUGUGAACCUCAUCUGUGAGGUGGAGGGGGAGUAGUGUGGUCUUGUCUGCCUUGUGCCUGGUGUUACCUUGGGUUUGCACCACAUGCACCAUUUUUGGUUAAGUCUUAAGUUGUUCAACUUCUGGUGUAAUAUGAUCAAAAUGGGGGUGCUUUUAAAGAUUGCAGUAUUUUUUUUUUCUUUUCGAUACAGCACCAACUACCCACACUGAGGCUUGUUUAACAAAACCGUACAAUGACUCAUAAGUGCAAUUAUACUAUUUUUUGCUUGUUGUUGAGCCAUGUUCUAUUUUUGUGUUAGGUGCAUAAAUAUACCAAUCAGCCACAACAUUAAAAUCAUGAACCAAAUAUUGUGUGUGUUCCCCUUUUGCCUGGAAAGCAACUCUGACCCAUUGUGUCAUUUGGUGCUGGGCGCUUGAACGUUAGCAGUGGAUCCUUUGAGUCCUCAGAGUUGCAGGGUGGGGCCUCUGUGGAUCAGGCUUGUAUUAACGCUGACUGUCAGUGGUGUUAAUGUUGUGGCUGAUCAGUCUUGUGUAUGAAGUUUUAUAAAUGAUAAGCAUGCGACUGAGGGUGUUGCCUCUGGAGAUAUGGAUGCUAUGUGUCAGCAUAAAGUGAAACUCUAUGUAGAUAUAGAAAUAUACAAAUAGCGAUAUAAACUAUAUAUUCAUACGGGUAAGAUGAGUACCUUAGGUCAUUAGUAGAUUGCUGGCUCUGAGGAUUGUGUGGAUUUUUUUCCUAUUGUGUGUUCAUGCCUCUUUUCAGCUUAUUUUAUAUGCAAAUUUUAAUUUGAAGUGUGCUUGUGAUUUACAUUAGUGUUUUCAAAGGUUGAAAGUUAAACUUUUUAUUGUCCACUCUUCUUCCACAGGUGUCAGUGUGUCAAACAUACACUAUG